AUGUGGGGCGGGAACCUCGGAGAGGUGGGACGCAACACGAGAAGCAACCAGCUGCCGUGGGAGCGGGGGGCUCCAUCUGGACUCUGUCGACCUGUCAUGAGUGGUGCUCGACUGUGGGGGGACACAGCGAGCACCGGAGGGUCUUGGCGGGGCAGCACGGGUUCGGUGUGGGCCACCGUAGCGGUGGCAUUGACUGCACCAGCAGUGGGGCUGAGAUCCCCGGCUGCUGACGCGGUCGCAGCCGAAGUGUCGCGGAGGCUGGCACACGCGCGAGCGUGGUUUGCUGCUGCCAGCCUCGAUACGAAAGGCGUGCCGCACGCACAACCUGCCGAGAAGCGGUCGAGGAAGGAGAUGCGGCGGUGCCGUGAGUCCCUGUGUCGCUUGAGCGAAGCAAAGCUUGAGGCCGUGUAUGUACACAGUGUGCACGUGAAGCGCUGCGCGUUGUGGGCAUACACGGCCAGGACGGAGGCCGGGAGUGCGCUGGCCGUGGAUGGCCAAAGCGCUGAGUGCUUGGGGCCGGCCUCAACGUCCUCGAGCAGCAGUUGCUCGGCUUGCUCGCGCGGGUCGUCGUCGGCGUCAUCGCUCAAGCGGCGACGCUUGCCGCCGAGGCGGAGCACGAGAGGAGGCGACGUGCGGAGUGAUGGCUGGCUGCCUGCUACGUCGCGCACUGGUCAACCUCCAUGGGGACGGCAGCGGUCGUGGCAGGAGCCUGUGCAGGACCCGCAGGCAGCAUGGUACCAGCCCUGCCGGGUGUGCAGUCAUCGGUUUGGGGGCAGGGCCCAGCAAGACAACUCGUUGCCGCAAGGCAUCGGAGCGUCGCACCCGGCUCGGUCGGGCAGUAUGGGUGUCUGCCAGCCGAGCCGGUCGUCACAGGGAGCGGCCGCGGCCACUGCAGUGUAUCCAGCUCGGGCAGGCAGCUCCGUAGCUACAUGCCCGAGCCGGUCGUCAUCACUUGAGGAGGAGGCAGCGUCGUCGUCCAUCGAGGAGGCAGUGUCGUCGUCGGGGGCCCCGCCGUCGCUGUUUUCGCUAUCCCUCUGGGUCGCUGGGGCCUUGAAGGCACCCAGUGCGCGAGCCGUUGCGGCUACGAGCGCGGACCCGAGCUGCACCCGGUCGUGCAGCAUGUGUGCCGCCCUGCCGGGUCUAGCAGCAACAAUCGCGGGGCCUCGAGCGGCGGCGGGGGCUUCCGGAGCGAGCGGGAGGGCGGGGGGAACCGUUGCGCACGCGUCUGGACCCGGGGGCUGCCUGUGGGCACCCGGGGAGCCGAUGCUCUGUAGAUGUCCAUGCUGGACCCGGUCGGGCAGCAUGCUUGCCGCCCUGCCGGGCCCAACAUCAUCGCUAGCAGUGUCUUGGGCCGCUCCCACGUCUGGGAGGGCGCUCCGUAACGUGUAG